AUGAAUCACAGGCUCGCGAUCUCAACGAUCUCCCUGGGCUGGCACGCCUCGCACACUCUGGAGAGGAAACUCGCCGCAGCCGCCGCCGCCGGGUUCCAGGGGGUAGAGAUGUUCAUCACCGAUCUAGACGGCUACGCUACCACCCACGGAAUCACGAGGGUCCAAGCGGCCGAGGACAUCAAGCGUCUCUGCGCCCAGCGCAACCUGGAGAUUGUCUGCCUGGGCUCGUUUGACAACUUCGAGGGCCAUCCCACAAGGAGUCUGGAGGAAAGGCUGCAGAUCGCGCGAGAAUGGAUCGCCAUGGCUGACGGCUUGGGCACGGACGUCAUUCAGGUGCCCAGCAACGACGACAAGGACGCGGUCGGCGACAUAGACACCGUCGUGGCCGACCUGCAGGCGCUCGCGGAUCUCGGGCUACGGCAAGAGUCCACCGCUAUCGCUGGCCUUCCUGUCAAGUUCGCCUACGAGGCUCUCGGGUGGGCCACGCACGUCGCCGACUGGGAGGAAUCGCUGAGGGUCGUCGAGCGUGUCGCGCGCCCCAACUUCGGCCUCUGUCUGGACACAUACCACGUCCUGGCACGGCUGUGGGCAGACCCGCGGUCACCGACUGGCAGACGGCCGGGCGGCGAUGCCGCGCUGCGCAUGUCGCUCGAGACCUUCCGUGCAAGAUUCACCGACCCCGCUACCACGGUGUCCUCUACGGCGCAGACGCCCAUCGUCUACGUCCAGCUCAGCGAUGCCGAGAGACUUGCGCCGCCAAUCCUGCCGGGCCACGCCGCCUACAGCGAGCACCAGGACGGCGUGCACUCGUGGUGCCGCUACGGCCGCCUGUUCCCGCUCGAGCGCGCCCGCGGCGCGUACCUGCCCGUCCUGGACGUCGCAAGGACGUGGUUGAAGGACAGCGGCUGGACGGACGGGUGGGUGAGCAUGGAGGUCUUCCACCGCGACAUGGAGCGCGAAGGGAGCGGGCCAGAACACUGGGCGGAGAGGGGGAGGAGGAGCUGGGAGGAGCUUGUCAAGAGGCUUGACGAGGAAUGA